UCCUAUCUUCUGAUCAAUUGUUUGCAAACCAGGUUAUUAUUUCAUUCCAAUUUCAAAAUGAGUCCUUAGUAGAUUCUAGAACAUUGGUGUUCAAACAAUUGAAAUUGUUGACACCUUUACUUACUUUGUAGGCUGUCAAAGAUCCCUGGAUUUAAACUGACAGUCAACUAAUUAUGUUUGUGAUCUUUAUUGUUGCCUUCUUUUAGUUGUCUGUAUAUUUAUUUUAUCGUGCAACUUUGCAUUGUAGUGCUCUAUUCGUAUAUUACCAGAUUUUCCCCAAAGCUUUAGGUAUUCGAUUAAAAUUGAAAUCAUUUUAUCUUGUUCUGCAAAAUGUGUUCUUUUUGUCGUAGUCUAAAAGCUAAUUAUGAUCAUGCAAAUUAUGAUCAUGAUGUUCAUGAUGUUCUUGGCUAUUCAAACCCGCAAAAAAAAGAGUAGAAAAAAGUUAAUACCUGAAGGCAACUUAAGGUAUUGAAUAUUUGACCUUAAAUGCGUCGUAAACAGAAACAGUUUUUAGGUGUUUAAGCAAAGAUUUUUUAAAAGUAAAAACGAAGAAACGUUUAUUUACACGUCAUGACUGAGGUUUACUUUUCUUCAGGCAUCUGGCAGCGUUGCCAUGCUGAUAAAUAAUUAUUUUUAUGAAGGCAAAUGACAAUUUUGCACUAAAAAUUAGUUAAAUUUAUUCUCACAUACGAUUACUAGGACACACAUGAAAUCAAAUAUUGUUCAUCAUUUGAUUUUUUUUUUUUUUUUGUUUUUUUCAAGAAGACAUACCAAACAUUCAGAUGUUCUCCUGUUCGAACUAAAGACCAUCAGGAGAUUCUGAGGCAUUUACAUUGAAACAAUAAAAGCUGCUACACUUACUUUGUAGUCAAAGAACCAAAGACGCCUUUUUUUGACUUUCAUCAGGUAGACCUAGGGUGAAUCUAAGAUGGCAGGUAGAGCUACCUCCAGACGACGAUAAAUAACCCAGAGAUGACCAUCUUCUGUCCUGUCUUUAGCCGUAGUUUCAGUUAAAUAGCUUCCAAGAUAGCUUUGAAAGUUCAUCUUAGGCACGGCCUCAUCCUCAUCCUUACUUUAUGUAGCUUUGCGUCUUUAUUCCUCCUGCCUUACAAACCCCCCAAGUUUUCUUUAGUUCUCGCUUAGCACCUACUCCAGUUUCUGGCCUGUAGACUGGGGGUAAGAUAAAGGCCUCUAGUUUAUCAGUCUGUUUCAAUUUACCUUACCACGCAGAACGUCUGGUCCAUACUAAUGCCUUUAUUUACUAUUACUGCCUCUAUCAACAUAUGUUACAGAUAUGUGUGUGUGUGUGCGUGUGUGUGUGUGACCGUACGCGUGCUCCUUCCUCUCUUUCUUUUCCUUCCGUCAGAUGGCGUUCACCCUACGUAACCUUCUCAUCUCGGAAAUCGUCAUCGCGCUGCUCUCGGGGGUUCACGCGAGAUCAGUGAGGGACGUGAUUCUCAUCCGAGGAGACAGAGAGUACGCGGAGCCAAAGCUGCAGACGCUCGAUAACAUCCGCGUGGUGCCCGACGGGGAAUCCGCUCUGACCCCGAACGCCUAGAGGUUAUGGCAACGCUCGCCCAGCUACUGGGCACCGCUCGGCCACCUCCCGGCCUCUGCGCGCCUGUUUACUACGCCCGUUUACCAGGCAAGCGGCGAAGAUCCUGGGACCAAAGAUUAAGUGCUCCGACUUGGUGUCUCUACGAUGCAGCUGGACAUUCAGAAGUUGGUUUCGGGAAAACAACUUCAAAUACGGUGAAAUACCCCACUAAUUAUUACAUAAUUAAUGGUAAAAGUCUUAAAAAAUAGACAGAAAAACUGGAUGCAGCAGAGGGAGAUAUAUUUGAAGACUACAUCAUCUGAGCCUGAAAUUUCUUCCCAGAUUGAAGAGACUCACCUGUUAAGCAGUGUUCCUGGACUUACAGACUUUGAUCCUCCAGUAACAGAUGAACUAUCUACAAAUGGGUAUGUUGCACAGCUUGCGACUAAAGCAAGCCCAGUUUAUGAUAAAAAUGGUGCCAUGCUAAAUCACGGGUUUAGCAACUGGCUACAGGCCCGCAGUCAACCCCACAAGCUUGGUUCUAGAGAGCCCAGUAGACAGCAGACUCAAGGUCAGAGUUUACAACAGGCCUGUAGCAAGGAAUCACUUGGAAAUGAGAAAUAUAUGUCAGGGACACAGUGGAACCAGGGACAAGGGGACAAUAGAACAGUGGCCUCUGUUUCCAGCACAGCUUAUGUCAGAGGUGCUUCUUUGUCCUCUGUCACGUCUGACACUCUGACCAACAAGACUGGGCAGCAUGUGAAGCAAAAUGUGCCCAGCAGUGCAGGGAACAGAAAUAAAUGUUCUUUACCUCCCGGUGCAAAUGAAGUGUGUAAUGAGGUCACAAGAGGAAGGACUUUUGUACGGGAAAUUUCUGAACCUGUGGAGUUUAAAGCAGCUGAAGAUGGCCAGGUUGAUAUGAGCAGCCAUAGGUGUCAGUUUUGCACCAAUUUAAUGCUUCAGAACAAAUAUGUUCCAACUCUGCUGGUACCAUGUGGACACACUGUCUGCAAGUCAUGUGCUGAAUCUCAUAGACUGUGUAGACUGUGUGGCGCAGCAGUCAGUGCAGUGACCACUAAUAUCAUGCUACAGCAGAUCAUCCAGGAGUACCAUCAGAAGGCAGUCACGGCAUCACCAUCUGGAAGAAGCAGACAGCACCAAGAUGCACUCAAUUUGUCAGCAAAACCCCCAUUAUUUGCUGAGUCUGGUUAUACAUCUGUGAGUUAUGCUGCACACCUGCAGACUCUGCUUAAGCAGGCAGAAGCAGUGAAAGAAGAGGCAACGAGUACCCGGCAGGCACAGGAGCAGAUGGUAAUGCAGUUGAAGAAGACCAAGCGGCAGCUGGAGGCCAUCAGGAGAGAGGAGGUGGCACUGGACAAGAAAUGCAGGGAGCUAAAGGACCAGCUAGAAGGCCUUCAACAGCAACGUCAUGAGUAUGAGAACGAGUACCGCCAGCUGCUGCAGCAGAAGGAGGCUGCCUGCAAGCAUUUGGUGAUGACAGAAAAAAGACUCCAAGUCUUAGGGCAGGAGAUUGACAAGGUCACAUUUCUUGCUGAGGGUGAGGGUCAGAUGAAUAAAAAUGGAUUUUAGCUGAGUGUUCAGAAGGGCUACAAGCAAAUGGAGGACCAUCAUAUAGUGAUGAUGACUAACAAUGUGCAUAAUAAAAACUCCAAAAGGAACAAAUAAAAGCCAUCAGAGAGAUAGUCCUGAUCAGACAGGGCACACAACACAAGAGCAAGAACUAACAAGUAAAUAGAAACUAUCAGAUAGUCAUGAUCAAACAAAGUACACAACAUGAGCUCAAGAAAUAUUUGCCAGGCUUUCUUCUAUAAUACAGUGAUUCAUAAACUUGAUUUUAAAUGUUAUUACUGUCUCCAGAAGAAAAAACACUUAUGUAUGUAACAUGUAUUUAGUAUGCAGGGCAAACUUAAGACAACUAAGGAGGUGGGAGGAGUGAUGUAACGGCUUCUCUUUAAAAGUCAAAAUAAUAUGUUAACCACUUAAGUUAGAAAGGACAUCAAGAAUACAAGUGUUUCACCUUUUCACUCAAUGACUCAAAUAAAAUAAUAAAAUAAUGAAAA